UGAGCGACGGAAUGGAAACUGUGUGUGUACGGGUGGAAUCUGUGCAACAAGGAGUAAAUAAUUUAAUAUCCAAAUUUGAGGAACAACAAAUUAAGACACCACGGAAGGAUGAAAACCUCUGCAGGCCGCCAGAUACGCCAAGCUGCUUCCAGGGUUUCGAUGAACACAUGGAGAAGGUAAAGACGCUUGUGCUGGCGGAUGGAGUGAAUGUGAUUGAAAUUACAGCCAUGGGUGGUGCGGGAAAAUCAACACUUGCAGCGGCCGUUUGUAAUGACAAUGAAAUCAGAGGGUGCUUUAAGGACAGAAUAAUAUACAUUGUAGUUUCAAAAAGCGCACUUCUUUUAAAUAUUCUGAAGACCUUGUGGAGAAACAUUGUUGGUGAGGAAGCACCUGAAUUUACAGGUGUUGAGCACGCAUAUGAUCAAUUGCAAUUGCAAAUAAAAGAAAAUGAACCAAUUCUGGUAGUAUUGGAUGACAUUUGGUCGAAUUUCGAGGUGGGAAAACUGCUGUUUGAAGGGAAGCAAUACAAGACUCUAGUAACCACCAGAGCUAAAAGCGUCAUCCCAAAGGGGCCGAGGACACACAAUUAUAAACUACCGUCAUUGCAACCGCAGUAUGCUCUGUCACUUUUCUGUCACUAUGCCUUUGACAAACCUUCCAUUCCAAUUGGUCGUGACAAAGAACUGAUCGAAAAGGUGCAACAACAGUGUAAAGGUCUGCCACUAGCUCUUAAAGUAAUCGGUCGAUCUCUGUUUGGUGAGUCCGACCCUGUUUGGGAACGAGCUGAGAAAAGCCUUUCAGCAGGAGAAUCAUUCAGGGAUGAUCACAAAGAGAGCCUUCUUAAUAAAUUGAAAACAAGCAUAGAUGUGCUGGGGGACAAUGAAAGAGAGUGCUUCUUGGAUCUGGGUGCAUUCCCACAAAGAAAAACCAUUCCUGCAAAGGAAUUGCUAGACAUUUGGGUUUAUGUUCGUAGAAUGAAGUGGAGCAAAGCUGAAAUGCUUUUAUGGAAGUUUGAAGAUCACCAUCUACUGGAUUUGAAGAAGAAUCCCGGGACUGCAGAGAAUACAGAUGACUGCAUGGAUGGAUAUUCCUUUUCCCAACAUGGUGUAAUGAGAGACUUGGCUCUGUAUUUGGCGAAUCAGGACAAUAAAACUCAGUGUAGGAGGCUAUUUAUGCCUACAAUGGAAAAUGAUUUUCCACCAGAUUGGGAAACAUCUAAAGCCCAGGUUGUUUCCAUUCACACGGGAGCAAUGCAGGACACAGACUGGCCUAAAAUGGAGUUCCCUGAGGUGGAAGCUUUGGUUUUAUAUUUCACUGCAAGUGAAUAUUGUAUUCCAACGUUCCUGCACAAAAUGAAAAAUCUCAAGGUUCUAAUAAUCCAUAAUAAUGAUGGAGCAAAACGAAGCAAGCUCAGUGGAGUGGCAGGUUUUCAAGAACUUUCUCAGCUUAAAACUCUGCAUCUUGAAAAGGUGACAGUUCCUGAGGAAUGCAAGGUCUUGAAAAGUUUGGAGAAAAUACACAUGAUUCUAUGUGAGGGCCUUGGUAGGGAUAAAACGUUCGACUUUCCUGAGCUUUUGGAAUUUAAUGUGGACUGCUGCAUUGAUCUUGAGGAGUUGCCCGCAGGACUCUGUUCUUCAAUUUUCCUGAAAACAUUGUCAGUUACUCAUUGCCAUCGCCUUGCAAAGCUACCUGAUGAGCUGGAUAAGCUUGGAUCACUUAAGGAAAUAAGAUUGUGUGAAUCUCUAGGCUUGGAAACACUGCCAUCCUCCAUCUGCAGUCUUAAAAAACUAAAACUCCUUGACAUCUCAUCGUGCAUACAUAUGAAGGUGAGCAGGGGAGUACGCUGUGAAUUGAACGAAAUUCUUCAAACAUUAGCUCAACUGGCAUUCCUUAAACGGGUGAUUUGUGAUAAGAAGCAUGAGUGGCUGUUCAAACGGAGCUCCAGGACUGAUCUUAAGGUUCAAGUUGUUAAGGAGAAAGAACCCAAUUUGGAUUGGCUGGAUUGGGGAGGGAGGAAUUAGCGUUCUGAAUAGGUACACCAUACAUUAUGCUGUGUUGGAAUCUCUUUGCUCUGUACGGUUUCUCAUGAAAUUAAGUUUUCCUAGACAUAUUAUACAAUAUUAAUAUUUUAUGUAUACAACAUAUGAUAAUGAUCAUUUUGAAUGCA